AUGGGAAAAUUUUGGGGUAUGUCAGAAGCAAAAAUAGCCAGAGGAGAUUAUGAUGAUGAACAUGUGCUACUAAUGGCUUAUGAAUAUGAUGAGGAACCUGUGAAUUCUGAAGAUGAGUCAGAAUCUGAGGUUUUUGAAAAUGAGUCAGAGUUAGAAUAUAACUCUGAAGCUGAAGACAAAUCAGAAUCCGAAGAAGAUUAUGAGUCUGGGGAUACUUCAGAAGGUUCUGAAGAUGAAUUAGAACCUGAAAGUUCUGAAGACAAGUCAGAGUCUAAAGGUGACUCUGAAGAAGAACAAGAAGACCAUGAAGGCGAGUCUGAUUCUAAUGGUGAAUUUGAUUCUGAUCCAGAUUUUGAAUCUGGUGAUGAUCAUGCUUCUGGAAGGGAAAACUCUAAAGACGUAAGUUUUGGAGGACAAGCUUCUGAAGAUGAUCAGGUUUCUGGUGGUAAUCAUGACUCUGAAGGUGGAAUCUCUAAAGGAGGAGCUUCUGAAGGUGCUGCUGUUGCCGUCAAGGGUUUUUGUGUUGAGAAAAUGUUAGAGUUCUGUUGA